UGCGCAACUCCUCUCCAGACGCAAACAUUCACAAAUCAUGAGUGGCUUUAGUUACGCUUUCUGGUUUGAUGAUUCUCGCAACCAGGAAGAAAAUGAACAAGUUUUGGAGCCUAGCCUUGGGGCUGUCCAAUCCCAGAUUCCCCCCACCAUCUCCCCCUCAGCAUUUCCCUUCCAUGCACAGGAUCGCUUCUCUCCCUCGCUACCCCCUAAUUCCCUCGAGCCUAGCCCGUUCUGCAUGGAAGAAUCUGAACCUCCUCGAGCCAAUCCUCUUAUACCAGAACUUACCCCUCAGAUGAUGCCCUCACCGCAAGCCCUAACCGCUCGGCAGUGCUCUCAUUGUGGGACGACCACGUUGGUCUGGCAACAACAUCCUAUCACGCAUGUUCCGUUGUGCGAUGCAUGCGCAGUGUAUCUUUCUCAACGCUCCAAGCAGCGCCUCGUCGAUCUCUUGCUGGCAGAAACGCGGCGAAACGGGUCGUCGGAGGACGGGGUGUCGCUGGAGGGCACGAUCCAAUGCCCACAUUGCGGUACAAAGAGGACAAGCCCUUCGGAGGAGAAUUUGGAGGAGAUGAUGGUUUGCGAUGCAUGCGGGAUGUAUGUGCAAGUACGGGGGCAAGAUCGCACGAAUCGAGUGACAGAGGGAUGGGAGGAGGGCGACGAUAGUGGGAUUACGAGGAAUACAGUGAGUAAACUCUGCCCGCGCGUUGCGAUCGUUGAGAUCCUUGCCUCAGCUGGCACAUGCGUCUUCACAUCCUGAAUGAGUUAGGAUCGGGUCGCCUUCACACGGAGCCGCGGCGUCGUCGCACGCGCAUUUCCCUCAGAUGACGUCGAUUGUGGUCCUCGCAGCGCCUCAUAAUACCCGUCUUGCCAUGGCAUGCUCUCACUGGCUUGCAUUUUCUACUUCCAAGAGGAUUUCGAAAAAUAGUGAUACAACAACGCAGACGGAGUCAAGUCUACCUAAACGACACGGUGUGCUUCAUUUAGGUUCUUGCUACUCGAUCGAUGUAUCCAUCGUCGUGCAGGCCGAUGUAUAUUAAAUUAGACUUUCAGAUUCAGGGCUCUCUACACACCGUGAGCGUACUGGACACAAACAUUCUCCCGUGUGCGCUCACCGGGUCGACGAAAAGCUAGGAAUCUUCCUUUACUAUAGCACAAUCGCACCCCCUACUGCGAGGCCCUGCUGAAACAAGCGAAUUGAGAUGUAUGCCACAUAGGAGACACGCACUCGGACAGAGUUGCUCUGUGGUAGAUCCCCG